AGUUACUAACAUAUAUGGAUAUAUAUCCCAACGUACACACAGACAGAGGGAUAGAGAGGGAGGGGAUGGGCAAGGCCUCUCUCUCUCUGAGACUGACCAUCCUUCUUUCUCUCUCUCUCUCAGCUUCAUCAUUUCCAUUCUUUCACAAGCCAUCUUCGCCUUCAACUUCCACACCCAAAGCCACUCCUUCAGACUUGCUCUCAAUCCUUGGACCCAAAUCCCAGUCCUCCAAAAUCAAACCCCUCGUUGCCCACGACCUCAAUUCCUGUCUCAAAUUCCUUGUUCCCUUCACUCCUACAAUCCCCAAACUACGGUCCAGAAAGUGUUUGACAACUAAAAAAGAUUUGGGUUUGGCAAGAAUUGGUGCAUCAGAUCAAAAAAGAGAGGUAGAUGAGCUCAUUUGGUGGCCCCCAGAGCCGGUUCUCGAGCUUGCUCGCCUUGCUGUUGAUUCUGGUGGUGACCCUGCUGCUAUUCAACGAGCUCUUGAUCCCACCGUGAUUGCUGUUCCUGAUGUUGAAGGAUCAAAAGAGAACCGAUGUGAGUUGACCAGAACACCGUAUGGGAGACGCUUCAUAAGUGAGGAGUUGAAUCUGUAUCUUGAAUUUUUAUUUGAAGUGAUUGCUUCCCGGGGUCCUACCAUUGGGCUGAACAUAUCCCUAAACCGCUACGAUUUCUUUCAUGGCCACCUCUUUCUUGCCAUAGACACAGGACGACUUGGUAUAUUGUUUCAUGCCAAAGAAUACCCAGCAUAUGAUAAAGAAGUGUUUCCAUACAAUAUGGGUUUUUGUCAAAAAGGUUCUAAUGUGAAAUAUGAUGACUCAAUGAACUUGCGAAAUAUUCUAUGGCUGGCUCCAUUGCCAAGCAAUUCCACUAAAGCUUGGGUCGCACCAGGUGUCCUGGUGGUGCUGGAUGCCCGCCCAGAAGGUAUCAUAUAUAGAGAUCUCAUUCCUGAAUAUGUAAAUUUUGCAAGGACCAUAUAUGAAGAUGAUCUUGGAGAUGUUGCAGUUGAUGUGAACUACUUGGAUGUAGGAGAUGCAAUUCCAGAUUAUCAAAUUUUCAUUUGCUGAUGCUCUUCUCAAGGUAUACAGCGCUUGGUUUGCCUUGGCAUGAUUUUAUGCAAAACCACCAACCGCCUUGUGAUCUGCCAUGUGUAAAGUGUAAACUUACCCUUUUUAUUUAUUUUUAUUUUAUAUAUAUAUAUAUAUAUAUAUAUAUUUUCUGUUGAUAAAAAUCUGUAAACUUACCAAUUAAAAGAAAGGACCAUAAAAUCUCUGAACUUUCUCUCAA